AUGGAGGCGGCUGAAAAGGAUGCAGCGGUAGUGGAGAGCCAUGCUGAGGGGCCGGGUGGAGUACCGGCGAUGACGACGGUGUGUCAGGCGGCAGUAGCGGCGGCGGGGAGAUCGUCGGCCGCGGGCGGUACGGCCGGCCGGCGCGGGCGGUCGGCGGCGGCAGCGGAGACAUCGCGGCACCAGGCGGCCGUCGGGGCGCGCUGUCGCGCUUGUGGUGGCCAGCACGUUAGGGUACCGUGCAGAUUUGCGCGCUAUGUGUGCAGAGCGUGCAAGCAACAAGGUCAUCUGCAGCGCGUCUGUCCUAAUGUGAAGGGAGCUUAUAACAUCGAGACGGGGAGUACGACGAUAGCGGCGACGACUUCAGACAGCGAAGAGAGUGACGAGGUAAUAGUAGUUGAACUUAACCAAUUAGCCUUAGAACUUUGUAAACCAUUCAUGGUGACAUUAGAUGUUCAAAAUAAAGCUAUCUCGAUGGAAUGUGAUACGGGUAGUGCAGUGUCAUGCAUAAGUCAUGAAUUUUAUAAAAAAUAUUUAUAUGAUUUAAAAUUAGAAGAGUGUAGAUUAAUUUUAAAAUAUUAUACGGGGGAGACAGUGCGCCCUGUGGGGGUCAUUAGACCUCUAGUUAGAUACCGCGGGCAAGAAAAAUAUUUAGAUCUGUACGUUGUGCGCGAUGCUAAGUCUGCUUUAUUGGGUAGACAAUGGUUAUUGGAAUUAAACAUAAAAUUGCCUAAACUCAAAGUUGAUACAAUGAAUUAUAUAACCGAUAAUAAUUUUAAUUUCAAUGAUUUCAGUUCCAAAUAUUGUGAAGUAUUUGCGGAGGGCCUGGGACGGUUCACCGGCGGCGCGGCGAGCAUUCACAUACGGGAGGGAGCGCGGCCGGUGUUCAUGCGUGCGCGUCCCCUGGCGUACGCUCUGCGCGGGCCGGUGGAGCGCGCGCUUGACCAGAUGAUGAUUUUUCGACGGAAUAAUCUAGAAUAUAACCAAUACAAAACACGCACAAAUUAUAAAGAGUUAAGCGAGUUCAAAUCCCAUGCACCUGCAAAAUUUUUAUCUACGGGAAAAUUAACACUCGGAUUUCUAAUA